UGAUGGAACAUACAGUGACAGGGGAGUUUGCUCUUCAUGUGAUGCCUCCUGUAAAACGUGUUAUGGGCCCAGGGUCGACCAGUGUGCAUCGUGCCAGAAUGGAUCCUUCUUGCUUGAUGGCACUUGUCACCAGACCUGUCCAGAAUCCCAUUAUCCUCAAGAGAGUGAAUGUCUCCCAUGUUACCACAACUGUAAGACAUGCAGAGGCUCGGGUCUAAACGACUGCACCUCCUGCCGUGACUACCUCACCCUUGAUGGCGGUAUGUGCAUUGAGUGCCGCUCAGGCAGAUACUAUAACCUCUCCUCUCAGAGGUGUGAGGCAUGCAAUCCAUCCUGCUUGACCUGCUCAUCAGGAGGGGAGAGCAGCUGCACCUCCUGCCAGUCACCCAAGUCCCUGCACACAGCCUCAGGCACCUGCCGCAUCUGCUGUCCACCAGGCAUCUUCGAAGAGGAACAUAGCUCCUGCUGCUCUUGUGAUCCCUCAACAGCCCAAUGUUAUGGAGCAGUGUCUGCAGACAAGAGAAGAAUUGCCUUAAGUUUAAAGACUGGUCUCCAUCAAUCUCCUCCUGUUGAGACAUACUUCUCCUCUGUCACAUAUUUAGUAGUUGUUAUUUGUUCUGUGAAUUUGUUGAUAUUUGGUGCUGUUUUCACUGUGCUUCAGGCCAGAUCAACAGGCUCCCUUUGUUGGAGAAGUGAUUAUGACUACAGUGCCCUCAAGAAUGGGAGUAUGUCUGAACGUGUUUCGCUCACUCUUACCCCAUACACAGAGGAUGACUCAGAGGAUGAGAGAGAGAAUGAACUACUCUACAUGAAAACUUAAGGUGGCCUUUCUUUAGAGGAGAGAGUAAACUAUGGUGCAAAAUGAGACAGAAAGAAAAAUUGUUUGCAAGGAGAAUUGCUUUUCGGGAAUAUGCUCAGAACCAGCAACAAAGUGAGGUUACUGGUAGUCUCAGCUCAUAGUUAGAGAAAUACUUAAUUGAUCCUCAGGUCAAAGUUCGUGGAAGAGUGGGAGAAGCAGAAGUAAUGCAUAGGUCUUGAAUGCAAGAUGUUUUAUUUAUUAUGUGUCAUAUCAUCUUUUUUUAUUGAAAAUAUUUUUUUUAUAUGCGUAAAUAUAUAGGGAAAUAAUUGUAGAGGUAUUGGGGCGCCAUGACUUUAAAGAAAACAAUUUUGUGUAAUGAUGUAUUGGUACAGCAAAGAAAAAAAGAAAAUUGGAAAUGGCAUAUAAAAAUGAUGGCAAACAUAUCACACAAAGAAAUUUAUUUAUGGUUAUAGCUUUUAAUACUUGAAUAUUUAAAUGCUGAGGUAAGCUUGUUGCUCAUUUCAAACAGUCUAAUAGUCAAAGAAAAAAAAAAAGAGGAUUUAUAGUCAUAUAUUUUACUUUAUUGUUUACCCUUAAAAAAUGUACCUUUUCUCCCAGAUGGUUUAUUAAUUCUCUUAUGUAUAGUACCUCUCAAAAUGUUCUAGCUGCACCUUAUAGUAGGAGAAAAGAAGGAAAAAAAGCAGGAAAAUAAAAGACAUUACAGUAUGUGAAACAUGAGGGAAUUGUGUGUUAGUAUUUCUAAUAGUAAUGUGCAAAGUUUUGGAAGAGAUUUAGAGCAAGUGUGAAUGUAUCAUUCAUCUCUUUUUUUGUGUGUUUUUUAAAUGUUUCGACUUGAAGAAUUUUGAUGUAAAAAUGCUUUUUCUUUCUUCUUUUUUCAGUGUACGUGUGGCCUAAUCGCAAGUCAUUUAAAGAAUUAAAGAAAAAUAUUUCCUUUUUUUAUAAGAAAGUACAGUAUACAGAGUAAAGUUUACCUCAGAAUAAUAAGAAUAUUUAGUCAAUGACUGGAGAAUGUCACCCAACCUCAAAACUUAAUUGUAGAUUACCAUUGAUUAUGGUUGGACCACAUUAUUAUUGUUAGUAUUACUAAUACUAAUGAAAACGUUUUAUAGCUCUAAUUUUUAUAUUUUAUAUUGUGUUAUCUUGAGUUAGAGUAUUGGGUAUUAUGUUUUAUGUAUAUCCAGUACAUUAAAAAAGGAAACAAAUCAGUGUGUAUAGAUAUGAAGUUGCCGAUAGACAUAUUUUAUAAGUGAAUUUCUUUCCCCCCUUUUUGAUAUUGGAAUGAAGUAUGGUGCUGUUGCAAUGCUAAAUACUUACUGAUGUGAUAAAAUAUUGGGCAUAAGUGUGCCACAUAAUUUCUAUUUGAAAAUUAAGGACCACAUCUUCAAACUCACACAGACUUACCCUUUCAUUCUGGUCAGACAUUGGUGUUUAUGAAAACAUUAAUGCAGCUCUAUACCGAUGACACAAGGAGGGCCCAGUCUAGUCAGAGUGACAUACCCACAAAUGUGACAGCUCUGAUGAGAAACUUUGUCCACAGGUAUUUCACGUACAUCGUUUCAGUAAAGGUCAACGAAAUACUUAAGAAAAAUGUUCUUUUUAAGUGAGUAUCACUUUAUACCAACAAAGGUCUACACUACUUCUGUUAUGUGUAGUGCUAAUAGCCUGAUCUUCAAAGCAAGCAGUGAUAAGAUAUUGAAAAUGCUGCUCUGAUACUCUAGAAUGUGAUGUUUGUAAAAAAAUAAUAAUUAUAAAAAGAGAGCAACUCUUGUGAUCCCGAUAUAUUUCUGCUUUUAGAUUAAGGUAUUUCUUCUUGAGAUAGGGAGGGUGUGUCAGUGGUUCAAAGGCGGUUCAAUGAUGUUCCAAAAUAUUAUGAACGAGACAAGCCAAAACAAAUCUUUAUUUAAUCUGGUUAUAAAACAAAAUAAUUAAAUGAAAUCCUUGUUAAGAUAUGCAUUAGAACCCGUAAAAAGAAAAAAUCCCUUUUUUCCAUAAGAAUGUUCAGCUUUUUUUUUUUUUUUUUUUUUUUUUUUUUUUUUUUUUUUCUUUUUUUUUUUUUUCUCUCUCUCCAUUAAAGUCUUAACCAAGGUUGUCAGUAUCUAUAUGGAAAAUAACCCUGCUCUGAUAAGUUAUUCUCUCAGGAAAAGCAGACGAUUUUUAGUCAUUCACAGAGAGGAGUCAGUAAAGUGCUCAAUCAAGGGGUCACAAAGAUACAUUGAGUUUGAUGAUUGUGGUGCCAUAAAUUAUAUAAAAUAUACUUCAUAAUGUCACAAACAAGGACAUAAUGCCUUGUGAUAGGGUGGCCUUAAUGAAUAAAUGUAGUUAGUCUUUUUAUAUUGCCCAUGUUAUUGAUUAUGUCCAUGUAAUAGCCAUAUUACCCUGUAAAUGAGUUAUGUUCCCUCUUCAAUCUGAUUAAAACUAAUAAUUUUGUUGAGAUAUUUUGUGAAAUGUCUUCCCCAUUCUUUCAUUUUGAAAAAACAAAAAUAUUGUGAUAAUGCUAGCCAAUCUCAUUUUUCAGAUUUUCCCCAAGAAAAGAAAACAAGUUAAAAAAAAAAUAUUUGGAACUGGUAAAUCAUAAUCCUUGUCAUAGUGGUUGAAAUCCUUGAAAACAAUAAUUUGAAACAGUUACAUGUAAAGAAUAUGUGGUUUCACAAAAGUUUAAAUUGCAGCAACAUAAGUUUAGACUUUGAAGCAUUUAGUGUAAACUCCACAUUGGCUGUCAAAGGUGCAAGCCAAUUCUUUUUGUACAAUGCAGAAAGGUUGAACUGUCACUAUGUCAAGAUUAUGUGCUAUAUUUUAUCCCUUUUUUAUUUUUCAUUUUUUUUCAAAAUUAUCAUUAUUAUUCCUUUGUGCAGUGUGCAAUACUCACAUUUUGUAAAUUUAGUAAUCUUAUGAGAUUUUCAGUGAUAUGGUAAAUAUUGUACAUUAUGCAUGCAUAGUGAAUGUGAAAAAAUAUGUAAAAAUAUAUGUGUCAUUUAGGAUUACUUCAUUGAAAGCAAAAAUGUGAAAAUAUUGAGUGAGUCCAACAAAGAAGUCCCUAUGUAAGUGAUUCUAAUACAACACAGUAUUUUAUUGGUAUAUGUUAACCAUCUUUAAAGGUCGUCCAUUGUUACUAUCAUGUUUGUAAACAUUCUGAUGAUUACAGGCUAUCCGUCGCUAAUGAAUCAUAGAGAAAAGAGCAUAUCACUUUUUUCCAGGUCCCAGACACAUUCUGUCAUGUUAGCCCAACACAUGUGAUUCAAAGCAGCUUGGGAAACCUUUAAGCUAUGAUGAAUAAUAUUGAAGGUUUGCAUUUUGACUUAGUUAACUAGUCAUUACUGUCAGAAUAACUAAUGCCAGAGACAGCUGUAGGUGUACAUCCUUAAUAUGCUGUUUGUUCUUACAUUACUUGAAAUGUUUUUAGCUUUUUGUAUAAAAAUAGAUUAAUAGGAUGAAAUGUGACCAUAAAAAUAAGCAUAUGAGUAAAGUAAUUUUUGGGGAUGAUUUUUCACUUGUAACUACAAUGAAUCUAUCAUUUGAAAUUUAUUGACUUGAUCAUUUCUUCUUUUUUUAUUAAUAAAAAAAGAAUCCGCACUAACAUCUUAUAUCAUAUUUAAGUAAGGCUUUGAUAAGGAGUUUAUUUAAUAGUGAAUGACCUGCAGAUAAGCAGUCACAUAUCGAAAAGUAGUUGCAAGUCUCACUUGUGACUUACCACUACACGCUCUACUAUAUUUAUUUAUAGGUGAUGAGGGCAUUGUCAUGCAAAUCAUGUUGAAGUAUUUUGCCAUUUUGUGCACAACCUAAGGAAGAGGGACACUAUCAGCCCCGUAUUUAGAAGAUGGCUGCAUUCAAUGGUAAAGAAGUCUGAAACUUCAAGGCAGACUGAAACUCAAACAGAAGUUACUAAAUUGAAGAUCUAGAAGAUUUUUGUGAGAUUAUAUUAGCAUGUAUAUUAUUUAUCCCAGAAAUAUUGAGGUAAAAUAAUGGCACAAAUAACCUUUGGGUUAAACUUGAACGGAAAGUUGUCUUACAGGCUGCCCAGAGAAGGUUACUUGUAAAUCAAGAUUGAUUUUAUAAAUGUAAUUGACAGUAGUUUCUCCAUUUGCCAAAUAAAUGCAAAGGCAUUUUUUAUUUCAACAAUAGGAAACAUCAAGUCCUUUCAGUCUUAUCUUUUCCAACAAACAAGAAUAGGAUUUCUAGCUGAAGUCUAAAACAAUAAGAGCAGUUUCUCUGUGAAUAAGAAAAAUGAAGUAAAUUAUGAAAAUGGAUAAGUAGAUACUAAAUAAGAGUUCAUAAUACAAGUAUAGGUAUUUCUUACUGAGGUUAGAUUUCAUAACCUAGUACCUGCUAGGGUCAUUGGUAUCCAAAGUUAAUGGAGAAUAGUCAUCAAAGACGGUCAAUGAAUUAAUAUCAUUGAUAUCAUAAUUUAGGGAAUAUUUUGUAAUUUUACUGACUUAUAAGAAAGCAACACUAUUAUUUUGUAUUAUAUAGUAACAAAAUUGACAAGCAGUUUAUGAGAAAGAACACUUGUAAUGUUGUGAUUUCACAGAUGAAAACUAAAGUUUUCUGUGACUAGCAUCUCAAUGGCAAGAAGUUGUGCAGUAAAUUGAUUAUCACUGUUUCAUUAUUAUUUCUUUUUAGAUUAUUGGUAAUACAUGACAUUGUCACCCUCCAAUGUUUAUAUGGAUUUCCUUGUAAACUCCAGCCCACCAAUCUUUUGUUUGUAAUGUGUUAUGUCAACUUUUUUAUUUGAACAUUUUACAAAAUAUUAGGAAGGUUGUUUCUAUAUACAUUAAUAUCCAUAUUUUCACCUUAAAUGUGCUUUGUGCAAGAAGCAAGAAAUAAUGUGCGAUUAUCAUGGAGUGUAUGAUGUGCUCUAGUUGAAAGUUAUAAACAUACAUAACAGUAGUAAAGCCAGUAGCAUCAUUAGGGAAACAAGACUUUGAAUACCUAGGUGGGAUGCAGUUGCUUAACAUUUUAUUAAACAUAUAAUCAUUAGAGGACAAAGCAGACCUGGUCAGUGGAACAGACAAUGAAUGUAUUAUUAUUAUUAUUAUUAUCAUAUAUUUAUUUUUAUAAAAUAAUUUACUAUUUUCAUAAUUGUAUUUAUCACUAAUGUUAUAAAGUUUAUGCAAAACUGCAUGUAUUAUUCUAUGGAUUUUUCUAUCCCCUAUUUUAGUCAUUUUUUAUUAUUGUUACAAUUAUCAUUACUAGUGUUAUGCCCUUUUUUAAUGUUUGAAUGAAAGGCUUGAAUAAUGGCUGGUGAUAAUCUAUAGUGAUUACCAUUAGCCAAGGGGCAGUAUUAUAACUACAGUUUCAACUUCUUGUUCACAAUGCCACUGUGUGAUGACAGUGAAUGUUAUAGUAACAAUAUACACUGUACAUAUCUUAGGAGUAUAUAUUUAAUAAAAGUGUUAUACAUUGCAAGACUU